AUGGGUUGGGAACCACGGAUGUCAGCGUGGCAAAUCUUACGGGGCGGGGAGCGGGGAUUUCAGCAUUGCAAAUCUGACGGGGGCAGGGACCGCGGGUUUAUGAACGGCAAAUUUAGCGGGGGCGGGGAGCGCGGGUUACAGCAUAGGAAAUUUAGCGGGGGCGGGGAGCGCUGGCUUAAGCACGGCAACUCCAGGGAGGGGGGGCGAGAAGCGGACGGGGAGCGUGGUUUCAGCAUGGCAAAUCUAGCUUUAGCGGGUACAGCGGGUUUCAGCAUCGCAAAUCUAACAGGAGCGGGGAGCGUUGGUUUCAGCAUGGCAAAUCUGACUCGGGCGGGGAGCGCGGGUUCAAGCAUGGCAAAUUUAGCGGAGACGGGUACAGCGGGUUUCAGCAUGGCAAAUCUAACUGGGCGGGGAGCGGGGUUUCAGCAUGGCAUAUCUGACGGGGGCGGGGAGCGCGGGUUUAAGCACGGCAAAUUUAGCGUUGGCGGGGAGUGCGAGUUUCAGCAAGGCAAAUAUAGCGGGGUCGGGGAGCGCAGGUUUCAGCAUGGCAAAUCUAGCGGGGUUGGGGAGCGCGGUUUUCAGCAUAGCAAAUCUCGCGGGGUCGGGAUCGCGGGUUUCAGCAUAGCAAAUCUCGCGGGGUCGGGAUCGCGGGUUUCAGCAUAG